UCCACACCACCUCUCUCUUACCCCACAUUAAAAUCAAUACAUGGCAACUGCGAUAAGAUAUACCACGAAAUUAAACUUAUCUAAAGAGUGCCAACCUUACCCCCCAGUGCCUUCCCUACGGUGCAAUGCUGAGGUUCUUGCUAGUGGCUGGCUUCCUGUGGUCGGGGUUAGUAGCUUCUCAUAUCCCCAGCCACCAAGAGAACACAGCAGCUUCGAACACCGUCUCGGAUCACAGACACAGGAGAACUAUCACACAUGACCCUACAGAAGAUAAGAACCAACUUACAACACCACAGGUUUUACAGAGUUUGGACACCCUCGUUCUUAGUCAGCUGAAAACUAACACAAUGCUUCAAGACUUAUCCCAGACCUUCACUACCCACCUGAGGGACUACUCAGCUGCCACACAAGAGGUUAAGUCAACGAUAGAGGACUUGACCCAGGCGUUGUUUGUCCACCUAUUGGAACACACUGAAGCCAUAGAAGAUAACGAACACAGCAACACCACCCAAGACCUGACGCAGGAAAUUGAAGACCUCGAACAUACGGUUCUACAGCAAGAGGCCCAACACCAGAUGACUCGACAAACUCUAGAACAACAAGAGGAGACGAUACAGAAACAGCAACAAAUAUUAGACAACCAAGAGGAAAUAAUUCAAGUAAAGGAAGAUUCCAUACAGAAGUUAAGAGAAGAGAGUGAUAUACUAGGGAGAGAAGUUGAUGUAGGGAAGUGGGAGAAGCGUCAAGUGGUAGAGGAACUUCGUAGGAUGAAAGAUGAACAUAAUGAACAACUGGAAGAACUAUCAACUGAGUUACAGAGAGUUAAAGUGAGCCACGAGAGUUGUAUGUCCCGAGUACAAGAAUUGGCGGAAACUAAACAAGAGAUCACUAACCUUCAACAGUUUGUCCAUAGCCAGAGAGAUGUUAUCCGACGGUUUCAGGAAGAUAUACUACGUCUUACUGACCAGAAGGACAACCUCGACCAACAACUAAGGGAAUGUCACCAGGAUAUGGCAGAUAAUAGGGACUGCUCGGACAACCAUCACCACCACGGACGCCAUUGUACCAACCUCACUCAAACAGACACAUCAAGCACCAGACGAACCCCUGCGGUAGAUUGUGAGGAUUUCGUAUCGCGGGGCAUGAAUGAUAGCGGCGUGUUCCUCAUCUUUCCCAAGCAGUCGCCAUCAGGAGUGAACGUCUACUGUGAGUUUGAAGGAGGUAAAGCCUGGACGGUGUUCCUAGCUCGUCGCCAACACACACCACAAGAGAACUUCACUAGACCUUGGCGAGACUACAGAAAUGGCUUCGGAAAUCCUCUUGGCGAAUAUUGGUUGGGGAAUGAUAAUCUACAUGCAUUGACGGAUAGAGAGACGAGAUACCAGCUGAGGGUAGUGGCGAGAAGUCUAGAGGGAGUAGAGCGAUCUGGCGAGUGGCAGAUGUUUAGCGUCCGUGAUGAGACCAGCAGGUAUCAACUCAACUUGAAUCAAUACGUCACGACCAGCCAACUCGGUGACGCUCUACAGUACAGUGACGGCAUGACCUUCACUACAAUGGACAGUGACCACGACGCCUGGCCCCAUGGUAACUGUGCGGCGUUCACUGGAGGAGGUGGCUGGUGGUUCAGGAGCUGUAGUGACGCCCUUCCCACCGCUCCCCUCAGCAAGUAUGGUGACGAAGACGACACUACAUUGUCCUGGAAGAUAUUUUCACCUUCAGGGCCUUCUGCUGUCACCCUGUCAGAGAUCAGGUUCAUGGUUCGCCGGCAGUGUAGUGGAAGGUGUUAAGGGAUUUGUUGUUUAUGUUGACGAAAUCGAUUUUGUAGGAAUAUACGGAUCACCUUAAGAUUAGACACCCCGGAUUAUUGCCUCUUAAAAGACAUCUAAUGAUAACCUAACCUAACCUUUAACAAGCCUAAUCUAACCUAACCUAAUCUUUAACAAACCUAAUCUAACCUAA